AUGGCGAAAUCGUCUGAUGAAUCUGUUUACCGAGAGAAUUCUUCUUCAAUGCGAGUCGGAACGGUGUUUAACAAGGAGGAGGACAUCGGCACCUAUACCAUCAAAGCCGUGGAUGAUCCAAGGACCUUGAACAAAAUUCUGUACAUCAGACCUCCUGCCAACACCUACUCGUUUAAUGAGCUCGUGUCUUUGUGGGAGGGAAAGAUCGGCAAGGCCCUGGGGAACGAGUAUGUUCCAGAGGAGCAGCUUCAAUUGGUUUACUUGUCCUGUCAUAUCGCAGAGGCGUCGGUUCCACUCAAUACCUGGUUGGCCAUAUUGCAUUCUGUUUUCGUGAAAGGAGACCAAACCAACUUCGAGAUUGAGCCACCAUUCGAAGUGGAAGCUUCAGAGCUCUACUCUGAUGUCAAAUACGUGACCGUAGAUCAGUUCCUUGCUCAGUUUGCCUGA